AUGAACACCAAGAAUUCACGUCAAGUAUCUGAUAUGUCAAGGGGUAUUCCGCCUUUUACAAUUACUCAGUCUCGAACAUCGUUUCGUGGUCAAUCACCACCACCACCAUUUAUGGAAGAUUUGCCACCCAGCUAUGAGAUGGCAGUAGUUAAUAGUUUACAAAAGACUAACAUACAACCAACUGACGCGUCACAUGAAUCAAAUAAUUAA